GCAGCCCGCGGUGGUCGCGUGCCGGGUGUCAUGGCGGCCUGCAGGCGUUGCUGCUCGUGCCUCCGGCUCCGGCCGCUCCGCGAGGGCCCCGUCGGUCUGCCAGGGCGGGGUCGGGCGCUCACCCAGUUGCAGGUGCGAGCACUAUGGAGUGGCACGGGGUUCCGAGCUGUGGCCGUGGACUUAGGCAGCAGAAAAUUAGAAAUAUCCUCUGGAAAACUGGCCAGAUUUGCAGAUGGCUCUGCUGUAGUACAGUCAGGUGACACUGCGGUGAUGGUCACAGCCGUCAGCAAAACAAAACCUUCACCUUCCCAGUUCAUGCCUUUGGUGGUUGACUACAGACAGAAGGCUGCUGCAGCAGGUAGAAUUCCCACAAACUAUCUCAGAAGAGAGGUUGGAUCCUCUGACAAAGAAGUUCUUACAAGUCGAGUAAUAGAUCGUUCAAUUAGACCUCUCUUUCCAGCUGGCUACUUUUAUGAUACACAGGUACUUUGUAAUCUAUUAGCAGUAGAUGGAGUUAAUGAACCUGAUGUUUUAGCAAUUAAUGGUGCUUCUGUAGCUCUCUCAUUAUCAGAUAUUCCUUGGAAUGGACCUAUUGGGGCAGUGCGCAUAGGAAUGAUUGAUGGAGAGUGUGUUGUUAACCCAACACGGAAAGAAAUGUCUUCCAGUACUUUAAAUUUAGUGGUUGCUGGGGCACCUAAAAGUCAAAUUGUGAUGAUGGAAGCCUCUGCGGAGAACAUUUUACAACAGGACUUUUGCCAUGCUAUUAAAGUGGGGGUAAAAUAUACCCAACAAAUAAUUCAGGGCAUCCAGCAGUUGGUAAAAGAAAUUGGUGUUACCAAGAGGACACCUCAGAAGUUAUUUACCCCUUCAUCAGAGAUUGUGGAACACAUUCAUAAACUCACGAUGGAAAGACUCUAUGCAGUUUUUACUGAUUAUGAACAUGAUAAAAUUUCUAGAGAUGAAGCUAUUAACAAGAUAAGGUUAGAUACAGAGGAACAACUCAAAGAAAAAUUUCCAGAGGCUGAUACAUAUGAAAUAAUAGAAUCCUUCAAUGUUGUUGCAAAGGAGGUUUUUAGAAGUAUUAUUUUGAAUGAAUACAAAAGGUGCGAUGGUCGAGAUUUGACUUCACUUAGGAAUAUAAAUUGUGAGGUAGAUUUGUUUAAAACUCUUCAUGGAUCAGCAUUAUUUCAGAGGGGACAAACACAGGUGUUUUGUACUGUUACAUUUGAUUCAUUAGAAUCCAGUAUAAAGUCUGACCGGAUUAUAACAGCCAUAAAUGGAAUAAAAGAUAAAAAUUUCAUGCUGCACUAUGAGUUUCCUCCUUAUGCCACUAAUGAAAUUGGCAAAGUCACUGGUGUGAAUAGAAGAGAACUUGGACAUGGUGCUCUUGCUGAGAAAGCUUUGUAUCCUGUUAUCCCCAAGGAUUUUCCUUUCACCAUAAGAGUAACAUCUGAAGUCCUAGAGUCAAAUGGAUCAUCUUCAAUGGCAUCUGCAUGUGGUGGAAGUUUAGCAUUAAUGGAUGCAGGAGUUCCAAUUUCAUCUGCUGUCGCAGGUGUGGCAAUAGGAUUGGUCACCAAAAACAAUCCCGACAAGGGUGAAAUAGAAGAUUAUCGUUUGCUGACAGAUAUUCUGGGAAUUGAAGAUUAUAAUGGUGACAUGGAUUUCAAAAUAGCUGGCACCAGUAAGGGAAUAACUGCACUACAGGCUGAUAUUAAGUUACCUGGAAUACCAAUAAAAAUUGUAAUGGAGGCCAUUCAACAAGCCUCAGUGGCAAAGAGGGAGAUACUACAGAUUAUGAACAAAACUAUUUCAAAACCUCGAGCAUCUAGAAAAGAAAAUGGACCUGUUGUGGAAACUGUUCAGGUUCCAUUAUCAAAACGGGCAAAAUUUGUUGGACCGGGUGGAUAUCAUUUAAAAAAGCUCCAGGCUGAAACAGGAGUAACUGUUAGUCAGGUGGAUGAAGAAACAUUUUCUGUAUUUGCACCAACACCCAGUGCUAUGCACGAAGCAAGAGACUUCAUUACUGAACUGUGCAAAGAUGAUCAAGAGCAGCAACUAGAAUUUGGAGCAGUGUAUACCGCCACAAUAACUGAAAUCAGAGACACUGGAGUAAUGGUUAAACUAUAUCCAAAUAUGACUGCAGUACUACUACAUAACACACAGCUUGAUCAACGAAAGAUUAAACAUCCCACUGCCCUAGGAUUAGAAGUUGGCCAAGAAAUUCAGGUGAAAUACUUUGGACGUGAUCCGGCUGAUGGAAGAAUGAGGCUUUCUCGUAAAGUCCUGCAGUCUCCAGCUACAACUGUUGUCAAAACUCUAAAUGACAGAAGCAGUAUUGUAAUGGGAGAAUCUAUUUCACAGUCAUCAUCUAAUUCCACCCAGUGAUUUUUUUUUUUUUUAAGGAGAAUUCUAGAGUGAUAUCCUGUAGAGCAAAAUUUCAGCAGUGUCUUCUAAUGUGUAGAUUUAUACAUAGUAUAAAUAUAUUCUAAUGAUUUGUAUGAAAUUA